AUGUCAACUGAGGAUCAUCCGCCAACGGAUGGACAAACCGAGCACACGAACCGCUCAUUUCACAACUGGAGCGGUUCUUUGCCGAUGACUGAGUUCGCCAUCAACAAUGAUAUGCAUGCCUCAACAGGGCAUCCACCGUUCUUCGUGAACGCCGUGUGGCAUUCACACCUUCCCAACAUGAUCGGAGUGGGCUACCAUUGUAAAAGGGAGAUGACCUAUGGUUGCGCUCGAAAAACCGCAUAA